GUCAGCUCUUGCGGGAAGCACUCAAUUGUAAUACUGUGAAGUCUGAACCGGCUGGCCUGGCCGUUGCUGAGGGAGAGGAUAAAGAACACCGAAAUGCCACUCCUGCUGCUCCCACCACCGGCGUGCACCACGGCAGCGACGUCGCUCGCUUUCUCGCGGCCCCGGCCUUCGCGGGCGCGUUGGGCCAACCUCUCUUACGCGUUCCCCCGCCUGAGGAAAUACGGGCGUCGCCACCGCGAGCCCGUGGCCGGCCCCAGCCUCGAUGAUGACGGCGGCGAGGAGGAUGAGACGGAGGCAGAGGACUGGGAGUCCGACGAUGGCGAUGAAGAGAUGGAGAUAGACGAGGAGGAGUUUCUGACGAUGCGGCCCAAACCGGCGGGAUUUGGCGAGGGGAAAACAUAUUCCACUGACAUUGAGGAGCAGCUUCUCCGGGAGAUGGGCUUUGGCGGGGGCGCGGCGCGGCGAGGAGAGGCGGCCCCGGCCAAUCGCCGCGCCGGGGAUAGUUCCACCAAAGUAGCUGCCGCAGAUGUCAGUGAUGAUGGUGUUCAAGUUCGUGUUUGGAACCUCCCAAAAAAGAAAAACAUACACAAGGACCUGAAGCAAGCUUUUAAAGGGUUUCAUGGCCUUUUAUCCAUUGAUCCAGCAGUUUCCGCAAAUAAGAAAACCCGUGAUCCUAUUUGUAAGGGUUUUGCAUAUCUCAAACUAGAGUCUGCUGAAGCUGCAACAAGGUUCGUGGAGAUAUACUCUCAUCAAACUGUGUCAUUUGGCAAGAUUCAGAAGCCAAUCAGUUGCUGUAUCAUCGAUAAACGCAGCUCUGUUGAGCAUUCAAAUAAGCAUCCACUAGUCAGGCAAUCCCUCAAUUAAUGUCCAAGCACCAAAACUUGGUAGCGGCAAGUUGAGUAACACAUAUCUGCCAUCUAGCACAAGUAAUCACGCACUUCUAGGGGUCUCAAGUUUUAUGAAAAAGCUUUGAUAAACAGAUAGAUUAGACAGUUCUCUGUAUUCCAAAUAACUGUUUGUAUCAAGCAAUUUGGUCUUGUUUUUUUAGGGGAAGCAA